AUAUGCAAUCAUUUCGAAUUGGAAAUUGAGCUUCCUUUCGGUUCCAAGUGGGUGAAUUGUUAGUUCAAACCCUUUUUUCCUCUGCUUUUUGUCCCUUCUCUUAUCGUACACAAUUAUAUGUCGUUUAAAGCCAGUCCAUCCCUCAAGUAUCGUAUACGAAAAUCGUGCCUUGUACCAUUUCUGUCCCUCAUUCACCAACAACAGUUACAGAAGAAGAAGAAGAAGAAGAAGAAGAAGAAGAAGAAGAAGAAGAAGAAGAAGAAGAAGAAGAAGGAUAAGAGGGUACCGGAAAUUAUGAGCACGGCCAGGUUUAUUAAAUGCGUGACGGUGGGGGACGGCGCCGUGGGGAAGACUUGUAUGCUCAUUUCUUACACCAGCAACACUUUUCCCACUGAUUAUGUUCCGACUGUGUUUGAUAACUUCAGCGCCAAUGUGGUUGUGGACGGCAGCACCGUUAAUCUUGGCCUGUGGGACACCGCUGGACAGGAAGAUUACAACAGGCUGAGGCCUCUGAGUUACAGAGGAGCAGACGUUUUCUUGUUGGCGUUUUCUCUGAUCAGCAAAGCCAGUUACGAGAACAUCUUCAAGAAGUGGAUUCCUGAACUUAAACACUACGCUCCAAACGUCCCCAUCGUUCUGGUUGGAACUAAGCUCGAUCUUCGAGAAGAUCGACAAUACCUCAUGGAUCAUCCCGGCGCAACUCCCAUAACUACUCCUCAGGGCGAGGAACUGAGGAAGAUGAUUGGCGCACUUACCUACAUAGAAUGCAGCUCCAAAACCCAGAAGAAUGUUAAGAAUGUGUUUGAUGCUGCGAUAAAGGUAGCGUUGAGGCCUCCGAGACCCAAGAAGAAGACUCGCAAGCAGAGGACCACCUGCGCUUUGCUUUGAAAAAUAAAGUUCAAUCAUAAUCGUUUUAUCAAGAAAUUAUUCGCUAUGGUUCAACCCAUGCAUCCAAUCGAGGGAAAAAUCAUAUUAUAGCAACCAUAUUGAAUAAUUUUUUCAUUUUUUUUAAUGAACUUAUAUUAUAUAUUUCCUGUAAGAAUUUUGGGUGUAUUCUCAAUGUCUCAAAGCUAUGCAUAUGAGAAGAACUUAUUAGAGUUUUCUUGGUUGAAUUGUAUUAUUUCUGUGAAGUUCAAUACCAAUGGCUAAAGACCA